UAUAGUCAGCUGUGCAGAGCAUAUUUGACUCCACCUCUGAAACUCUGAAGCUACUUGGAAUCCGUGUAACGUUUCCCUUCCAUGAUAAACAUUAUUGAGUUAUUGAAUUGUACUAUGGUUCCGUAGAGCUUAUAAUUAGGUACGGAUCUGCUUUGCUUUUGAGCGACACUGUCAUUUUACCUUUGCCUAGCCAAUUCAUAUCUGAAUUAGGACCACAGCUCGUCGCUCUCAUAUGUUAAGGUAUAUAGAAAUUGGUCUUAAAAGUUAUUGAAUUUGGAACUAGUUUUUUUAGAAGAUAAUUUGUAGCACCCAAUGGCACUGCCGUUUUUAAUCAACAUAGUCGUUUCUCUGUCCACAAUCUGCGUUUAGAAUUACCCGUUAAUUGCUAUAUUAUGAAAAUCGCAUUCUGAAUACUUAUUUGUGAAAAAUAAGAAGGCGCCACAAAAGCAGACGAAAAGUUGUAUUGCAAAUUGUUUUUUAAAAUGAAAGGGGGGCGAACCAAUGUUUAUUUUCAUUCCUUGUUUACUUUACAUUUUGAGCAUGAAAACAUUUGAUCCUUUAUUUUGACAGUGAGUACUAGGUUAUAUAAAAAUACAAUUACAUACUCGGACAAGAUAAUCUAUGUUUCUUCUUCACUAGAAUACAUAGAAAGAUAUAAAGAAUAUGUUCAAUAAUUAUGUUUCUUCUUCACUAGAAUACAUAGAAAGAGAUAAGAAUAUGUACUAAUGGCUAAUGGAGAAUGUGAUGUGCAAUUUUUGUCGUAUGAUUCUCUAAAGAAAGAAUACUACUUCACAAAUCACAAGUGGUCCUUUGUUUAGAAGAGAACAGAGUAAACAUAUUUUUUUCUUUCAAAGGAAGAAAAGUCACAAUAGAGUAAACAUAUUUUUUUCUUCCAAAUGAAGGAAAGUCACAAUUUUAGUUACAUGCAUCUAGAAAAAGUAAUGUUAACAAAACAAUAUAGAUUGGAAACUCUUAUAGGGAAGUUUAAGAAAAUGAAAACCAUAAUGUAUUACAUUUUACACCAUAUUAUACUGUAUACAAUGUAAAAUUGUUCAUUUUUUCUUCUUAAUUUUUUUACAUUAUUCUUUCUUCCAGACUCCGCCACCCUGCCACCUUUAUAUUUCUAUGUUUUUAACUUUUUACCAUACCGCUCCACUAGUCACUACGGUAGAAACUUCCAAUACUCUAAAUCGUACAACCACUCAAUCAGCAUGAAUAUCUCUGAAAAGACCAAUCUCUGCGUCUUCUGCCCCCAACUACAUUGCAUGACAAAAAUAUUCUUCUGAUUUCUGCUACAUUUACUUACCCCAAAGAAGCAGAAAUUGUAUUAGGCCUGUUGCUUGAGUGCUUGAUAUGGUUUUUAAUCAAUGAUAUAUAACAUUUUUUUAACAAAAAUGUUGUGAAUAAUAGAAUUGUUGAAUAGGCAAUUUUAAUUUGAUUUUUUUUUUAAAGGACUAAAACGGUUAAGAAUUCACGUACAUUACAUCACCGCUUAAAAUGUUUCGCCUUUGCUUGAUCCAAAGAAAGGACCAAAACGGUUGUUCUUGCAUAAUACACGUGUCUUCCACUCAUUAGCUACGUGAGCGGUAAUCAUUCUCAUGAGUCUGCUGCAUUUUAACAACGGCAUUCCCAUGUGCACUGCCACCGUAACGGAGCCUGGACCACAUCUUCUAUUCAUCAUUUUAUCCAUCGUCUGGAGUAUAACCGCCUCUUUUAAUCUCCACCCUCCGAUCUAAUCUAUUUCAGUCAAAUCCCCCAUUUGCCCCCAUGAACUUCACUAUAAUUUCCAUUUUGCCCAUAUUCUGAAUUUUUCACUCACUCCCCCGGCUAGUGUGAGUGACACAAAAGACAGCUCUUUCUGCUCGCUUUUCACGCAUAAAAAGAUACAUUGCAUGUAUAUAUAUGUGUGUAUAUACAGUGGCAGUUUUCUAGUUGUGUAGAGAGUUUCUGAAAGAGAUGGAAGAGUACUUGAGGUGUAGAAGAUGUGAACGAGUCGGGGAGACGACAACGGCUGCGGCGACGGAGGCGGGAGUUGGAAAUGGUGCUGCUGUGCGGAUGAAAGCUAGGGAGGUCACGAGCUUCAGCUCAAAUAAGCGGAGAAAGGUUUAUUCUCAGUUCGAUGAUCGCAAGAUGAACUGGUCGUCGGAGAAUUCUGUUUUUCCGGCCACCUCCGUGACGUCAAGGUGCUCAAGCUGCGAGUCUAGCGACGUGGCGAAAAAUAUUUUGGAUCUGAAGGGAGAGGUUUUUGAAACGGACGAUACAGCUCAUUGCAACGGCAGAUUGAGUAGAGAGACGACGCCAACCACCGAGCUUCGCCGAGACUCGGUAACAGAAAUGGAGUCCUCAUCAACCACAAAGAAUGUUUCAAUGGCGGCGACCUCUCCUCAGAAACCUUCAACAAUGGAGAUGCCUUCCGCGGAAGAGAUUGAAGAAUUCUUCUCAGCUGCUGAAAAAUACGAGCAAGAGAGGUUCAAGCAAAAGUACAACUAUGAUGUAGUGAAGGACGUGCCUCUGGAAGGGCGGUACGAGUGGGUUCCCUUAAAGCCUUGUUCACAUGUCAUCAAAGCCUGCGAAGAAGAACAUGACAUGAUUGCUGCCUUUAACAAUUGAUCAUCAUGUGGUCACCUCACCCGGCCCGUAACUUAGCUGCUCAGCUCUCUACUUUUUAUCUUAAUUUAGUUCCCUGCAUACCUUAAUCAAUUGCUUUGUACAUGCAUAUAUUAUUGCAAUUUCCAUUUCCAUUUCCAUUUACAUAUGAAGAAUUGAUCCAACCUCUAACAUCUAUCAAUCUAUGCUUGAUUAGAUCUUA